AUGUCUUCAAUCAAGUCGAUCUUGCUCUGCACUUUGCUGUGGGCAUGCUCGGCUGUCGCACUUGUUGCAAGAGGUCAAACUUCAUAUAACGACCCGUCCUCCCAAAUCUAUUCCCUGAAUAAGCGAGAAGAUAAAGUGCCUUUGCGGAUUCUUCCCCUCGGAGCAUCAUUGACAUGGGGUCUCUACUCUGAGAGUCAAAAUGGCUACCGCAAGUUUAUUCGCGAUGCACUGCGAUUUGACGGGUGGGAAGUUGACAUGGUCGGAAGUAUAAACCAUGGUACCAUGACCGACAAUGACGUGGAAGCCACAUCUGGCUUCACGAUAGAUCAAGUUAAAGAGGCCGCGAAGAAGUCCUUAAAAUACCGCCCGAAUGUGAUACUCAUCAAUGCCGGUACGAAUGAUAGUCGUGAGGGAAAGAACAUUUCAACCACCGGAGAGAGGAUGGAGUCUUUGAUCAACAGUCUCCUGAAUGCAGAUGGCAUGAAACAGACCACGAUCAUCCUAUCAACUCUCAUCCCAUCAACCAAUUCCGACAUUGAGUUGAAUCGCGCAGACAUCAACAAUCAGAUUCGUCAACUUGCUGCCAAGAUGAAAAAGGAUGGGGUGUCCAUAGUACUCGCUGAUAUGGACCCCGAGUCACCAGAUCCUGGCCACAACUGGCUUGGAGACAAGGAGGACUUUUGGCAUGCUGACAUGGACAGGUACGACGACACGCAUCCUAAUGACAACGGCUAUGCUAAGAUGGCAUCUGUAUGGCACGAGGCGGUCAAAGAAGCUGACAAGCUUGGCCUAAUCAAGGCGGCGACCGACAUGGAUGAUAGUACCAAGACCUGUAAUAAGGAGACUGGCGAUGGUGACUACGCUGGUGGUUUGACACAGCGUGGAAGUGGCCAGGAUGAUGGUAUUUACCAUCACUCAAGCGUAUCGAAGGGAACUGUUCUCUCUGUCGUCAGUGAAUACGAUCGCAAUCAGUGGUUCUUUGGCAGACUGUUCCGACGUGAUCGGGAUGAUCUUUUGGGAUGGUUCGAGAAGGACGAUGGCACCGUUGCCUAUGGAACCUGGAGGAACACCGGCAGGGAUUCAGACAGAUUCGUUAAAAUUUCGGAUACAUCUGUUGAUGAUAACUGCGCCCAAGCGGGUGUCAACUUCAUCGAUAUCAACGGUGAUGGACUGGAUGAUUUCGUCUGCAUCGCAAAGGAUGGUACUGCUUAUGCGUCUGUAAACCAAGGCGAUGGCACUGACUCCAAGCCACCCACCUUCAAAUCAAUCGGAAAGAUCAAAAGCUCAGAGGACCACCCACAGGACCGUGUCCGCCUAGCAGAUAUUGAUGGCGAUGGCCGUGCCGACUAUUGUGUCCUGGCUGGAAAUGGUGAUAUUACUUGCUGGCGCAACGGCUGGGUCGAUGAUGUGCCAAAAUACUGGCAACCCCUGGGAAAGCGCUUCUCCGGCAAAGACAUGGGUGACAUCAACGGCGUACGGUUCGAAGAUAUCAACGGUGACGGACGAGAUGACUGGCUCUGGCUAGACGAUGUUGGCAAGACAUACACCUACACAAAUUCGCGCAGCUGCCAGAAAGGAAAGGAGGGCGAUGGAUUGAAUGUUGCAUGGCGGCAGGCUUUCCAAAAUGGCGCCACAUCGGGUCCUACCCAUAAUGGAAUGAGUGGCUUCGGUGACGACGGGCUCCGCAAGCGGGUUCAUUUCGCUCGUAUCUUUGGCGAACCGCAGGACUUCGGCCUCCUCGGCAGACAAGAUUAUGUCUUCAUGGAGCAUGUCAAACAUGACGGAAACCACCGAUUCAACAUGCGAGUUUGGAAAAACACCGGCAGUGGCUCAACCAAAUUGCGCGCCGACGGUAACGCUUACUGCAACAUGCUGGGCCAUGACAACGGGAUGAUGGACUAUGUCUGGAUGUUGUCAAAGGGAACAAUGCGCGUCUAUGAGAAUCAGGGCAAGACUCUCGUUCAGGACGACGGCCCUGACUUCUGGGGCAAAAAUUACGUGAUGUUCGACCCGAAUCAACAAAGUAUUGGCAAGAACCUGGAUCGCCGUGAUCUUCAUCUUGCCGAUUGGGAUGGCGACGGCGCUUGUGAUAUCAUCUGGACCGAUCCUGAUAAUGAGAACCGCCCCAAGCUGUGGCGCAACCGCAUCAAAGAGACGGGCAACUUCGACUGGGAAUAUGUUUCCAACCCAGCACCGGAUCUUCAUUGUUCUGAAAAGCGCGGCUUAGGCCUGUUCGAUCGCCCUGUGCAUUUCGCAGAUAUCUCAGGUAACGGUAAGGCCGACUACAUCUGCGUGGAGAAAGACGGCCGCUCUUCGGGGUACGUGCACCGUGAUAGUAAAUGGGACCGUAUCGACCAGUUCAAGCUUUCCGAAGGGAAGGAUCGUGCCAACCUCCAGUGGGCGGACGUGGAUAACGAUGGAAAAGCCGAUAUGAUCUUCACCGAUAAAUUCAACGGAGACGGCACCGUUUGGUUGAACAAGGGCGAGAAGAGUGUCAGUGGCUCUCAAUUUGAGUGGCAGAACAUUGGCGUGAGAUAUCAAGGUGCCAGGGCUGGAUCCUGCACCUACUUCCCCGACUUGAAUGGUGAUGGCCGAGCAGAUAUGCAUGCCAUCAAGUAUUCCUUCGUCAACAGCGCCGAGACCUGGUUCAGUCCAUCAUGCAACAGGCACGGAGAUGACGGAGCGGUGUCCAACCCCAAUCUCCCGGUGAUGCCCUCUUGA